GGAAGUGACGGCCGUGUAAACGGUCGGUGCGCUCCAUGGUAACGCGAGCGCGCGCGUGUGUGUGUGUCGGGGGGAGAAACGACGAGAACAACAACAACAUCGUCAGCGGCGGCUCCGGUACCGGCCUCGGGGAGGCGGCAGCGCAGCAUGAUCACGCCGAUGAUGUGCAGCCUCUGCUGCCCGUAGACCAAUGGCGAAGGCACCGUUCCCGGGAGCUCCGGCUCCGAGUCACCAGCUGCAGCGGGCCGCUCUGCUCCUUCUGCCCGGUUAGUGGCUGCCUGCCUUCGGCCGGGCCGGGGAAGGGGUGGUGAGGAGAGGAGAUCCCCCCCCCCCCAACCCACCCUCACUCCCACACCCGGCCGGUCCACUCGUGUCUCUCCGUUCGGUCGGUCGGUCGGUCAUUGCGGGGCUGGAAGCGGAAGAUGGCGACCGGAGUCAGCUGGCAGCAACAUUACGGCGGAAGCGCCGGUAAAGCGGGCCCGGCGGGCGGCCAUGCCGGAGCAACUGCCCCCCUGUACAACCAGGAGCUGCACCUGAAGAUGAGCAAAAAGAUUGCGCAGCUCACCAAGGUGAUCUAUGCCUUAAAUACUAAAAAUGAUGAACAUGAGACUGCUAUCCAGGCACUCAAAGAGGCACAUGAGGAAGAAAUCCAACAAAUCUUUGAUGAAACAAAAGAGAAGAUGCUUCGCUAUAAGGAUAAAAUUGAUGAAGAAACAGAACUACGGAAGAGAAUUCAGUCUUUGGAAGAAUCUCUGGAACAGCAUGAACGGAUGAAACAACAGGCACUUGCAGAAUUUGAAGCCUAUAAGCAGCAGGUAGAAGAUGCACGGCUUGCUACAGAGACUCAUCAGUUGCAAGAUGUUGCGAUUAUGUCUAGGAAUAUCCAAGAAAUUAAGGAAAACUUUGAUGAUAAGUUACAACACUUUAUCCAGUUAGAAACCCAGUUUGGACCGAAUAAACAACAAGCUGUGGAAGAUCUGCAAGCAACUCACAAACUCGAGAUCCAGAAUCUGUUAAGGACACAUCAAAAUCAAUAUGAAACUUCAAGUAAACAACAGGAGAAGUUACAGCAGCUGCUCAAAGAUGAGCUAAUUGCUGCAAACAAUAAAAUUCAAGAUUUUACACUUGAAAAGCAAAAGCUAAUGGUAGAAUUUGAAGCUAAAUUGACCAAAGCUCAAGCCUUUCAUGAGCAUGAAAUUGAAGCUUUAAAGUCUCAACAUGCAUCAGAAAAUUUGCUUCAGUGGAAACAGAGGGAAACUCAGCUAAAGAUGGAAUUUCAAAUCCAAGAGAAUGAUUUGAAAAAGGCAUUUGAUGAGCUGCAGACAGAAUUGCAGCUCACUCAGGAGAAUGCCAAAGAAAUGAGGAACAAAUGUGAACAGUUUCAAGAAGCAUUAAACAAAGCAGAAGGCAAUGUACAAAUGCUUCAGCAACAGCUGGAAGAGAAUCAACAGAAAGCUGAUGGUACUCUUGCAAAACAAAAGCAGUUAGAAGAUGAACUGCUUGCUUGUAAGCAUCACAUUCAACAGCAGUCCACAGAAUUGCUACUUAAAACAAGCGAGAUUGGAACCCUUCAAGCUACUCAAUUGACCCUUGAAGCUACAAUCCGGGAACUGGAAUCACAGCAUUGCAAAUUAAAGGAGAUGUUAUCUCAUCUUGAAGAAGAAAAGAGCAUCUUGCAAGACAACCACCAGACCUUGGAUGAGCAACAGAGACAGCAACUACUGACUGUUGAGAAGUCCUUAAAUGAAGAGAAAGAAUCACAGAGGCGAUAUUAUGAAGAGGAGAUAGCAAAGCUACAGCAUAAACUUGAAGAGGAAACUAGAUAUCUAAGAGAGACUUUCAGAUCCAGCAUGGAAGAAUUAUCUCAACUACAUCAAUCGACAUUAGAAUCUGCUCAAGACACACAUGAAAGAGAAAAGAAAAAGUUGCGCUUGGAAAUGGACCAAUAUAUUGAGAAGGAACGAUUACGAAUGGAAGAUGAGAAAAAUCAGUUAAAACAGCAGAUGGAAAACCUGCGGGAAGAGUUGACUGCCAAGUUAAAUACAGCCAAUCAAGAGGUGUACCGUUUGCAAGACCUUGUGAAGAAGAGUGAACAAGGCCUAGGAUCAGCUGAAGGACAUAUUUCCAGCCUGAAGGAUGCGCAGGAAAAACUACAAAAAGAUCUGGAUUCUACCAGGGUCAAACUCAGGCAGACAAGUGAUUCCCUUUCAACCGUGCAAGGAGAAUUGGAACAGCAAAGACAGGAUUAUGAAGCAAGACUGAAUGAAGCAAAAGAACAGGAGAAACUCAAAUUGAAAAAAAUGGAAAAAGAUUUGGAACAAAACUGGAAAGCAACUGUAAGGGAGCAACAUGCAAAACUCUGUGAGAAGUUAGAAAAACAACAUGAAGAAGAUAAACGGUCUGCUCUGGCUCAACUAUCCCACCUGAAGGACCAGGAAAAUAGUGUGGAGAAAGAAGGUUGGCAGAACAAGGUGGAAGAUCUGCUGAAUCAGAUAUCUUUGCUAAAACAAAACCUGGAAAUACAGUUAUCCCAGUCCCAAGAUUCUUUACAAAAUCUACAGUGCCAGUUCAACCGUGAGAGACAGCGACUCACACAGCAAAUGGAAGGAAUGGAAGAAGAACAUAAACGCAAACUGGCAUCUAUGGAGGAUGCACACAGGACUGCUGUCAGAAACCUGGAGGAAUCUAAGGAUCGAGAAUACAAGCAAUUGGAAGAAUGUUUGAACCAGCAACAUAUGAAAGAUAUACAAGCUCAAAAGGAAGCUGAGAGAGUGAAUCUGGAGGCUUUACAAAAGGAAGCAAAGCAACAACUACAGGAAUUGAGGGCAGAGCUGCAGGAUGAAGGGAAACUACUGCUUGCCUCUCUGCGUUCAGAUCUCAACUAUCAACAUUCUGUUGCACUGGAUAAACUGAGGCAAAAUAACCAGCAGGAAAUGGCAGCUGUGAGGAUGGAAUUAGAUCAGACUGUUGAGCAGCACAGACAGCAGAAGAAAGAAUUAUUGAGCAGAAUAUCUAAUCUACAAGAGGAGGUACGGCGUUGUGAAGACCAUAUAAAAGAACUGAAUGAGGAGAGCCUGUCUAUGCAUGACAAUUUAAGCACCUUGACCAAAGAGCUAGAGUACAAAGGGAAUGAAGUUCUGAAGAUACGAAGUGAAGUCAACCAGAAAAUUAGGAUCUAUGAACAGGAGAUGGUAAAGAAACAGGAGAAGAUGAUAAAUGAAAUGACUGCAACCCACAUCCGGGAAACACAGUGCAUGCUAGCAGACUUCAACAAGGCACAGGAUCUCCUUAAGGAUAAAAUUUCUUCUCUGGAAAUCUUAUUAGAUGAGGCUGAAGAAAAGUACAGUAACAGAGAAUCAAGAACAGAGGAUUUACAGCUAAUCACUGAAUUAAAGGAAAUGAUCACCGAAAGAGAUCAGCUUGCGAAAAAAUUGAUGGAUGACAAAAAAUUUUACCAGCUGGAACUGGUGAACAGAGAAACAAAUUUCAACAAGGUUUUUAAUGCUAGUCCUAACGUAGGAGUUAUCAAUCCUCUAGCUAAGCAGAAGAAAAAGAAUGAAAGAAUUGCUAAUCGGUUUGUCAGUGCCCCAAAUCUUAGUGCUUUGGAAUCUGCUGGAGGAGGAAAUGGGCAGCAUCAGCAUAAUCGUCUGGAACCAAUUCCAAAUUCUCCAGUUCAUGAUAUUGGGUUCAAUAGCAACAAACCUCUCCCCCAGACAGUACCUCCAAAAGAGGCAAAAAGAUUUCUGAGCAGGAAGGAUGGCUACUUGGAGGUGUGAAGCAUACUAUCGCAGAGAUUAACAUAGAUAUACGCUAAUGGGUCUCCUGUCAGAGACUGGUUCAUGUAUAUGUUGCCAGAAAAUGGGAUUUUUCUUAGAGGUUCCCAAUUGACCUUCUACAAAUACAGGCUGUGCAUCACUUCCUGAUAACUAGAUGAUCCAUAAGGGAUCUCUUUCCUAUCAGCUGUAGAAAAUUUAAAAUGAAUGAAUGUUGCUAAACAUUUUUAAAUGCAUGUUGUGAUAGAAGAUUUUAUUUUCAAAACUGGAAUUGUAAGAUGUACAUAAUACUUAGACAAAAUUUUAUUUCUUGUUUUAGAUCAUUCUUCAUAUUAGUUAUUAACAAUGAUGUUUAGCCCACUGGCUUACAUGUCAGUACUCUAUGCCAUUAAAGUUACAGUUUCUUCAUCUAAGAUUUUUGUCCCUGUCAACCCAAUUCUAUUCAUUUAAAAUCAAGGGAUUAUACUCUGGCAAAAUUGGACAUGAUCAUCAGAAACUAGAGAAACUACAUUGUAAAUAAUUACUAAAAGCAAACAUAAUCCAUACAAAUUAUUUAUAAUUCCACAGGAGCUGCAAAUCAUUUUAUAAAGUUUACAGAAGUUUAUGUAUUUUGAUUGAUGUAAAAGCAGAAAAGGAAUCUUGCAGCUUUAUCUGAAAGCGUUCACAUAUCUGCAUGAGAGAUUUCACCUUGUUUAUUUGUUGUUUUAUAUUUAUUCUUUACUAUGAUUUGUGGAAUGUCAUUGCUUUAGUUGAUUUGUUAUUGUUUGGGUUUUAACAGCUUAAUCAUUUGUAUCUUGCUUUGUUAGGUAG